AUGGCCAGAGUGUGCAGAGAACAGCGGAGGCAGAUCCCGUUGACGUCCUUCACCCUCUUGACCGUGCCCGAGGAGCCCAUGCUGUCUCAGUAUCUCAAGAAAGUCGAGACCAUCGACGUCAGCAUGAUGGAGAGGGCUCUUCGGUCUGAAGGCAAGCUUUUGCCAGUCCGUUCUGCUGAGGAUUCACUACCGUCCCCGCCAGCCAGCCAAUCCUCAUCGUCCCAUGACGGGCAGCCCCCUUGCUCAGACAAGGCCGCUGCACAGCUCAAACUCGAACUCGAACUCGACAAGUUCAUGGGCUCACUCACUGCUUCAGAUUCUCCGGACGCCGUCAUCAGGACCAUCGCAAGGUCAAAGUCUUCGAUGCUUUGUUCCUGCACUUGA